CUGUUAAAUCCCCAUGUCAUAAGAAGCCUAAUGUGGAGCUUCACCUUGUCUGCUAACUCUUCCCCCACUGAUUGACGGCAACCACUCCAGGCGGCGCCGACGACAACGACUGCUCUUCUCACCAAGAAAACGGUGUCUUAGCUGAAAGGUUCGUAACUCACUCCUCCACAAAUAUUUAGCAUCUGGCCAGGCAAACCUCUCCUAGGUUUUGAAGUCUCUUUAGUAAAUCAAUCAUCAAUGGCAUCCUUUUUAUCGAGAAAAUUGUCCGGUGUGGUUCUUUCAAGAUAUAGAGCAAAUUCUGUGGUACCAAAGCCAUCUUCUAUUGCUUUUUGCACCAAAAGUCUUUCUUCUGCAGAAACUGAGUCGAGCUCUGAUUCUGAGUCAGAAUUAGGCCGUCUUCCCGCAGAUUCUUCUUCUUCAAGACAGCAGCCGGCAAAUAGGGAGCGACCACUUGAAAAUGGAUUGGACCUGGGCAUUUACAAAGCAAUUUUGGUGGGGCAGGUCGGGCAGGCUCCAAUACAGAAGAGACUGAGGAGUGGGAAGACGGUUACUCUGCUAUCACUCGGAACCGGAGGCAUACGAAACAACAGGAGGCCCUUGGAUAAUGAAGAGCCCAGGGAUUAUGCAAAUCGCUGUGCUGUGCAGUGGCAUAGGGUAUCAGUUUAUCCGGAGAGGUUGGGGCAACUUGCCAUGAAGAAUCUUGUCCCUGGUUCCAUCUUGUAUGUCGAAGGGAAUCUGGAGACCAAAAUCUUCAAUGAUCCCAUAACUGGCCUUAUUCGGCGAAUACGAGAGGUUGCCGUACGCCAAAAUGGCAGGCUUUUGCUUCUAGGAAACGGAAAUGAAGCUGAGCAGUUAACAAAAGCUGAUAUUGCUCGUGUUGGUUAUUACUAAGGUGAUUUGUUUACAUGGUUUAGCUCUUGUAAUUAUGUUCUCACAUUGUUUUAGGUUGAAGAUAUGGCAGCCGUUAAGUAUGUUGUUGGCCAUGAACUGGUGGGUAGACUUGGGAUUUUGCGCCAUUUUUAUUGGCUUUCAUGACUCCAUACUUACAAACAUGGCAUUAGUCCAAUUUUCUUCUAUGGAGAAGACAUCUCUUUUGCA